UGAUUGGACGAAACACUUUAUCCAGCACGAAUUCUCGCGCUUGCGCCUACAGCACAAUGAGUCACCAUCCGCCAGUUUCUUGUAUUCCCAACACUGGCAAAAUGUCUAAAGCUAAAAAAGUGAUUGAAGAAGCGAAAGAAAUAAAUAAUCCUGAGAUAGACUUAGUAGAUAAAGGAAUUUCCAGUCUCGAUGAAAUACCAGGACUAUUCACAUUAGCCAACAUAACAAGGCUUUCGUUAAGUCACAACAAAAUACAAGUAGUACCCGCUGCUCUUGCCAAUCUUAUGAACUUGGAAAUAUUGAACUUUGCCAACAAUCAUAUCGAGGAACUACCUGUCAGUUUGUCUUCAUUACCAAAACUUCGUAUUUUAAAUGUAUCACUCAACCGAUUGUACGGAUUGCCGAGAGGUUUCGGUGCUUUCCCAGUACUUGAAAUACUGGACUUGACUUAUAAUAACUUAAAUGAAAAAGUUCUACCUGGAAAUUUCUUCAUGAUCGAAAGUCUGAGAGCUCUUUAUUUGGGUGACAAUGACUUUGAAUAUUUGCCACCUGAAAUUGGUAAUUUGAAGAAUCUGCAAAUACUGUCGAUGCGAGAGAACGACUUGAUUGAGGUGCCGCGUGAGCUGGGCCAGUUGUCACGACUCCGUGAGUUGCACCUGCAAGGCAACCGCUUGGUGGUGCUUCCUCCAGAGAUUGGUUCCCUAGAUCUUGUAGGCAACAAGUCUGUACUAAGAUUGGAGGGUAACUUCUGGGUGCCUCCGAUUGAGGACCAGCUGAAGCUCGGACCUUCACAUGUUGUUGACUAUCUGCGAUCUGAGACAUAUAGAGUUUUGUACAGUCGGCAUAUGUCUGCAAAGCCUCCGCCACCACCGCAGACACUUGAUAAAAGUAAAAAGGCAAGUCGUGCACGUUCCUAGUGCACUACAAAUAGAAGUGCUAUACUAAAAAU